GUGUUGUUUAGCAUUAGCAGACGACCAGUUGCCGCCUACUAUUUUUUUAUAUUGUUCGCGUUUUCAGUAAUAAUGGCUAAACUACUAUUUAUAUUACUUGCGAUAUGCAUAUCUGCUGUUAUUUCUAAGAAAUCCGAAAAUAAACCAGAUUGGGCAAAGAAGGAUAUCACAGAUUUUACCGAAGCUGACAUGGAAAGACUGUUAGACCAGUGGGAAGAAGAUGAAGAGCCCCUCCCAGAAGAUGAGUUACCAGAACACCUUCGAAAGCCACCGGCAAUAGACAUAACCAAAAUGGAUAUGUCGAAUCCAGAAGCUGUGUUGGAAGCUACAAAGAAAGGACAGACGCUCAUGAUGUUUGUUACAGUGGCUAACAACCCCUCAAGAGCGCGCACAGACGAAUUGACAAAAAUUUGGCAAACAGGUCUCUGGAGUAAUCACAUACAGGCAGAGAGGUACCUCAUUGCUGAUGACAGAGCCAUUUUCAUGUUCAAAGAUGGCUCUCAGGCGUGGACAGCUAAGAAGUUCCUAUUGGAACAAGAAGAGCUGAAAGAUGUGCAGUUGGAGAGCCAAACAUAUCAGGGCACCAAGGCUGAUGUCAGAAAUACUGCUUUGAGGGAUGAAUUAUAAGAUGUGAUAGGUUAAAAUCUAUUCUUCCAUCAUAAGGGUGCAUUUACUAAUCAACCAUUGGCAGAUGUAUUCAGUGGUUAAUUCAGUAUGAAGAUGCAAUUGUAAUUAUCAAUAUGGAGAGUAUGUGAAGUGCUUUUAUUGCUUGUGGAUCCAUACCUCGUUUAAAGUGUAAAAGUUCCAUGCAUAUUUUUUUAAUGAGACAUUGCAGAUAUAGGAAUAAUAAACAGUGAUCAGUUUUUUGGAUUCGACAUGGGGUGAACGACCUCAAUCAUUAUGUUAGUAUGGAUAUGCCCCGGGAAUCCGGGCUUAAUGUUGUUAGAAAAGGCAAAAAAAUAUGUACAAUGUCCACAAUGCCAAAUGGUUUUAUUGCUCAACCAAAAAUAUAAAGCAACAACAUUAACAUUAUAAGAUGUAAGGUAAUACUUUGUGGAGGUUCUAAUAUAUUUUGCUUAAUAGAGUGUAGAGAUUAGCAAAAGAAUAGAAGUUUUUGUCUCAACUGGUUGCCAUGUAAGAGUAAAAAGUUCCUUAGAGAUAAUUUCGUCGUAUCAAUAUUAACUUUUCUACUUGAUAUCCCGCGAGGGUGAAUCCAAAAAACCGAUCACUGAUAAUAAAGCAGCCUAAGAUAAAAGUGCUUCCCACACAAUUUUUAUUUUACAAGAGUAAUCACAUUCACUUUUACUUGUGUUACAUAAUAUAAAUUAUGUAGAUGUCAUCUUUUUGUAUAAUCACUGGAUUUGUGUGCCAUUCACAUUUAACCUUUUGUAACAUCAACAAAAUAAUAAUCUAUAGGCAUGUGUAGCAUUGUCAACUACUUGCAUUUCAAUAAGGUUUCAUGUAAUUUAAUAUGGAAUUAAAUUUGAGUUUCACUAAAAUGCAGAGCUCAAAAGAUAAAACAUCCGUUUAUAAAAUAAGUCUUAAAUGUAGAACAAUUGAUCUGUAAAUUAUUGAAUGAACUGAGAUAUUUAAGAAUAAAUGUUAUUUCUUACAU